AUUCGACGGGGGAAGGCUCGAGGCUGCUCGACUCAAACGAGAUGCAGCACGGGAGCAGACGACGGCCGUGACGUCACGUGACACCUAUGCAACAUGGCAGACAACAUGGCGCGAGACUAGUUCAACCCUAACCUAAUUCUCCGUCUGUCUCCAACCAGCUUUAAUUCAGUGGUUGACAGCGGAAUGAGUGAAUCAAGUGGGGGAGAGGAUGCAGGGGAACGUGUCAGACGUCAUGAGUCAUAAUUUCCAUCACCCUCACCAUGGCCACCCGCACAACCAUGGUCACAUCCAUGGACACGGUCACAACCACGGCCAUGGUUUAACUCACGGUGUGAUAACUUGCCCCGCCCCACCCCGACACCUUGCCCCUCAUGACCCCUCUCUCCCUCAUUCCCAUUCUCACGCGUACUUCCACCCGCCCCCCUUCUACGAACACCAACACCACUCGUUCAACCCGCCCCCCAACGCAAACCCGGUCGGGAUCAACAGCUAUCCGUGUUACCCGAGUGGAGAGGCCCUGCCCGUGUUCCCUCCCCCGGGGAAGAUCCCCCAUCCGUAUCCAUGCCUUCCCCCCUCCGCUCCCCAUCCUCCUUCGCACGUGCACCCCGAUCACCGGCAGAUGUUCGUGCCGUGGCACCAGCCCCACCCCGACUUGCAGUCCCACGCCCAGAGCCAGGGUCAAGUUCAAGUGCAAGUCCAAGCUCAGCCUCCAGCCGGCUUGGAGGCUCCGGCUCCCGACGACUGGAGGAGGAGGCGGAGCGUCCACUACAAGUAUCCCUCGAAUCCUCUGCGGGUCGCAUUCGUUCCCCGGGGGUGGAAGCGUGAGAUCGUCAACCAAUCUGUGAUCUACAUCACACCCAGCCAGGUGGAACUAUGUUCCAUGGAGGAAGUGUGUUCCUAUCUGCUAAGUGCAGGCACUUGCAAGUGUGGUCUUCACUGUCCUCUCAAUGUCCCUCAAGUCUUCUGCUUUGACCCUCAGGUCCCGUCUUGUGGCAUGGGUUCGGAGCCAAAUACUCCAGUGAGCGUCUGUGGGGUCCAUUCGCAGUCCCAGUUUCCCGCUUCCAUCCCUCCCCCCAUCGACACCAGCAGCCCUCGAACACAUGAUGAAGGAGGAGUUCGAGUCUCAACCAACAUGGAAGGAGGAGAUAAUCUGAUGAAGUCAGACAGCCGAGUGGGAGGGCAGGAAUCUCCCUACCCAUGGAAGGGGAAGAAAGGAGUGAAGGAUGUUGGAAGUCCCCCGACGUUCCUCGACGAUCCCUCGGCCUACCUCGCCCAACAGGCGGCCAUCCUCAACGAGACCCUGAAGCCGGGGACAGACACGAGUUCCAGCUCCCUCAGCGAGUUCUCGCCGUCGACGUCGGAGAUGAACACCAGCGUGGAAUCCGAAGACAGCCAGGUGGUUCACACGACCACACGUGAGGACGGCAGUGGGGCCCGCAGUGCAAGCAUCGGGGAACCCCCACCCAAAAAGAAACAUAAGAAGAAGGAUCGUAAGGUGGAAGGAAGUGUUCAGAGCCCCACCAUUUCUGCCACGUGUCAGCUCGGACCUGACGAUAACAUGAAUCAUGGCCAGAGUACUCGAAUGGCCGCUCCCAUCACUGCUUCAACUGCGAUCUCCAUAGUAACACAGCAGCCUCCUACGAUCGGAAUGCCCCUUCUACAAGUCUUAUCUCCGACAACUGCCACGGGUUUCCUUUCCUCCCCCGGCGGGACGGGAACUCCGACUGGAAUCAUCUGUCUUGGCACAGGACCAGGAGGAACUCAAUUGACCAAUCAGCUGACCAUUCCGAUGCAGUUCGGCCUGGGUCCCAUCUCCGGUCCGGGAUUCGUGGGACCCGGUCCCGGAAAGCGGAAAUCCCGCCGUAAGAGAUCCCAGGCCCAGACGGUGGCUUCCAUGUUGCAGAGUACGUCUCAAAGCCACCAGCAUCAAUUGGGUGUGAAUUUUGGAGGGAUGGGGACGGGUUUCAUCGUGCCAUCGACGGCCCUCCUUCCGACCUUCGGCUCCAUGUUGGGUGCUGCAGCAGUCAUCAUUCCCAGCAGUACCGCUAACACGGGAACCGGAAAGCUCGGGGGAGGGAUCGGGACGAGCGUCGGGCCGCGGUUGCUGGGGCCCGGGAACGUGGUGGUGGGAUCCGCAGCCGAUUGGGGGUCCGCAUUUGGCGGCGCCCAACUGGUGACCAACACCACGACCACUGUGUUUCUUCCCAGCAUCCCCAUCUUGCCAAAUGGGACAAUCCUCACCACUGGGGAUAUGGGGGCAGCCAUUAUGAACAAACCCAUCUUGAGCCCCAUGCCUAGUCAACUCAACAAACUUCAGCCACUUCUGCCACCCACGAGUCAGUCUUGCUUCCUUUUUACAUCGUUUCCCUGA